CCACAACAAGCAGCUGCUGCACAAAGAGGAAAAAAAGACAGGUGAACAAGAAUUAGAAAGACAUUAGUUAAAAUAGUUAAAUUUCUUUAAUUUUACAUUUGAUUUAAAGGGCUUUUAUAUUAAAAUCUAAAAGUGGUAAAGAAAGAGAAAAUGAUGAGUCUGCUGUGCAUUACAAUGGUCUUCCUGACUCUGGCUGGCAGUGCAGAUAGUGAAAUGGCAAGUUCUCCAACUCCAGUGAAAGUCAUUGCAGAAAUAGGUGACAAUGUCACUCUGCCCUGCAGAGGGGCAUCAGACAGCUCAAUGUUCGGCAGUUUAAGAGUUAAAUGGAUGAAGGUGGGAGAAGAUGAAUCCCUGAAUGAAGAUGUCCUGUUAUCAAUGGGAAUCCAUAAGAAGACUUACGGAAGUUUUGAGGAUCGAGUCUUUCUGCAGGACUCAGAUGGUGACGACGCCUCCCUAAUAAUAACUUACAUCUCCAUGGAUGACAUGGGAAGAUACCGCUGUGAAAUCCUGGAUGGAGUGGAAGACAUAAUACAAGAUGUCAUCUUGGAAGUAGAAAAUGGUCCAGCUCUGGUUUCAGGUGUUGUAUUCCCAUACCACCCCCAUCAUGGCCGCUACAACCUGAACUUUGACGACGCUGUGCAGGCCUGCAUAGAUCAGGGUGCUGUAGUUGCCACCUUUGAACAGCUGUACAAGGCCUGGAUGGAUGGUCUGGACUGGUGCAACGCCGGCUGGCUGAAUGAUAGUACAGUGCAGUACCCUAUCACCAAACCCAGAGAACCAUGUGGUGGCUCCCAAAGCAUGCCUGGCCUCAGAAGUUAUGGACGUCAAAACAGGCAGAGCAGACGCUUUGACGUGUUCUGCUAUGCUUCCUCAUUAAAGGGUCAUUUCUAUUGGCUGGUUCAACCAGACAGAUUGACCUAUGACGAGGCUGUGCAGGCGUGCAUCGAUGACAGAGCAGUGAUCGCCAAGGUGGGACACCUUUUUGCUGCAUGGAAGCUCGAGGGCUAUGAUCGCUGCGAUGCUGGCUGGCUGGCUGAUGGAAGUGUCCGGUACCCCAUUUCCAGGCCCCGCAAGAACUGCAGCCCCACUGAAGCUGCAGUGCGCUUUGUUGGUUUCCCUGACAAACAAGUCAAGUCUUACGGUGUCUAUUGCUACAAAGCUGAUCAGCAAGAGUACUAAAUGUUAUAGAGAAACCAUAACCACCAAAGUGCUACAACACCCACUCAUUUAUAGAAACAAUGAAGCAGAUAGGCUUUGGAUAUUAACUAGUAUGAAGUCCGUAUGAUGAUAUGAUAACACUAAAAUAAUUUCCAUUUCAAACCAGUAUGCAAUAAACAGCAUGUUUGUAGCCAUUAGAUGUUUUCCGCUUUUCUUGCAGUGAAUUAUUUGACCAGAGUUUAGGGUAUAGAGCAACACAAUUCUUGUGACAGACAAGUUUGUUGACCAUGAAAAGAUUUUGCCGCCAUUAAACAAUUCAAAUGUGUCAAGUUUAAGCUUGAGUGCAAAACUAAUG